CACCUGACCUUGAAAGAUGUUCAACACCAUAGCGGCACACGCGGUGUCGGCGAUCUUUCUCGGCACCAUCGGAUACUUUACCUACAGUUGUAUCGGUUGCUUUUACUUAGCACUGACCGGGCUUGGUUUUUUCUUCUACAUUGUUUAUUUAUUAGGUAAUUAUGUGGACAAUGCUUUACCAAGAUUUAGAGUUACAGCCACAAACAAAGCCGUUUUUAUCACAGGUUGUGAUAAGGGCUUCGGAAGAAUGCUGGCGAGGAGACUGGACAGCAUGGGGUACAAAGUGUUUGCCGGAUGCCUGGACCCGGACGGAGAAGAGGCGAAGAAGCUGAAGGACACCAUCUCCAGUCACCUGGAGGUCAUCCCUCUGGAUGUCACGAAGAUUAGCAGCAUCCAAAAUGCCCUGAAGACUGUCGAAAAUAAGCUUGGAAAUUAUGAAUUCUGGGCCGUCGUGAAUAAUGCCGGUGUCAUUGAGCGCGGAGAGCUGGAGUGGACACCUUUAGAGUUGUAUCGGCAGCAGUUCGAAGUGAACACUUUCGGAGUGGUCAGUGUCACCCAGGCUUUUCUGCCUCUUCUGCGGAAAUUCAAAGGAAGAGUCGUCACUAUGGUCAGCGUUGGUGGUCGUCACACUUUCUCCGGGUUCGUGCCUUACUGCAUGAGCAAGCAUGCAGUGACAUCCUUCUGCGACGGCCUGAGACUGGAGAUGAAGAAGUUUGGCGUCAAAGUGGUCACAGUGGAGCCCUUCUCUUAUCAAACUGACAUGACGGAAAUGAAAACUGUUCUGAAAAGCAUCGAGAAUACUUGGGAAAAAUGCUCCACCCAGCUGAAGAACGAUGUCUACGAUGCAGAUUACAUGAAAGCUUUUAGCGACUGCGUUCGCAAAUUCAACGAAUCCACGGCUCUGCCGCACAUAGAGCGAGUCAUCGAUCUGCUCGUCGAAGCUGUGUGUGCGAUCAGUCCUCACUACUCCUACGUUCCCGGGAACACGGAGAGUCUGCUGAAUCUGUGGUUGUCGAAGAGGGCGCCCAAGACCCUCGUGGACUAUUUCGUGAGAAAAAAGGUGACUUUCGAUUGCGAUUUGGAGGAGCAUUUAAAAGAAAAGGAAAUCAAAAAGAAGAAUUCAUAGAUAAGAGUUUAUAUCAUCAGCAAUAUUUAUGUAUAAAAAACGUUUUAAGAAAGCAUUAACAAUACCUUUUCAGUUCAAGUCUUAUGAAAGAAGGUGCUUGCAUGUAUCUGUAAUGCUUAGAGAAAUCGAUCACUCUUACAAACAAGGAAUUUGGUGCACAAAUAGUUGUAACUAGCCGCCAUGGGCGACCCGUUUGUUCGCCCAAACGAUUAACUUUUUAAGCUAUUAAAUGAUUAAUAUGGUCAGUGCUUUAUGUGAUGCGACUUGAAAGGAAGAUAUGAACAUAAGUUUUCACAGGCAAGUCAUAAUGAUUAUUUAUACGGUGGCUGUUGUGCUUACUUUUGAGCUCGAUUAAACUUACUAUCUGAAGCCAAUUUCUUGAUUUCUUUUAUAUCUGGUGGCACAACCAACCAUAUCCAUGACAUUUCUAAUAAUAUUUGAGAUCAUUUAAUGAAGCGAUACAUUUAAUGCCGUUGUAAAAAACAUUCAAUGAAGCAGUCUGAAAAACGAAUGUUAUUUUUAUUGUUGCCAUUCGACAAUCUAUACUUAUAUAAAGCUCAAUAUGUGUGUGUGUGUGUGUGUGUGU